GCUCUACCGUAUCGUCUCGAAAUUCCUCCCUCUAUAAAUAUCAUAAACUCUUCAUUUUCUCUUUCAAUUUUCCCGCAGAAAUAGCGAUUCAAUUCCUCGGCUGCAAUGAUUCACUUUGUGCUUCUUAUUAGCCGGCAAGGAAAAGUGAGGCUGACAAAAUGGUAUUCUCCUUAUUCACAGAAGGAAAGAUCCAAGGUAAUCCGGGAACUCAGCGGAGUGAUUCUUAACCGAGGCCCAAAGCUUUGUAAUUUCGUUGAGUGGAGAGGUUACAAAGUUGUAUAUAGAAGAUAUGCCAGCCUAUACUUUUGCAUGUGCGUUGAUCAGGAUGACAAUGAGCUGGAGAUCCUUGAAAUAAUCCACCAUUAUGUUGAGAUACUGGAUCGCUAUUUCGGCAGUGUUUGUGAAUUGGACUUGAUCUUCAAUUUUCACAAGGCAUAUUAUAUACUUGAUGAACUUUUGCUUGCUGGGGAACUUCAAGAGUCGAGCAAGAAAGCAGUUUCAAGACUUAUAGAUGCACAGGAUUCAUUGGUGGAGGCUGCAAAAGAAGAGGCUAGUUCUAUAAGCAAUAUGAUUGCACAGGUCACAAAAUGAAGUACGCACAGGCUGGUGCUAUUCAUGAUGUCUAUGAAUGGUUUUCUUUGGAUCAAUUUUACUUUUUGGGUAUGCUCAUCUACUGUCAUCGGAUCAGGUGUGGACCUACUAAAUCGUCACGACCUAACCCAAUUUGGACUUGGUUUUUAAAUGAAGACGUGCAUGUCUCACAUAGGUUACCUACAGGGGUCGCUUUCUCUAAAGAGGGAGAAAUGACUUGAUGUGCAUGAAAUCCACCCUAUCCAUCUGUUACACCACUGAUUGUUUAGCCUUGAACACCAAAAUCAUGAUGAUUCAACACUCAGGUGGUUCGCCCAUAAAAUUAUACCUAAAACCUCUGUAUUCAUAUGUGAUGGCCCGCUUGAGUUUUGGAAUACUGGGAUUUUUGGGUGAUUCUUUCAUCCUAAUGAGGAAAUCAGAUGAUUGGAUUGGAUGGUAUAUAAACACCACGGUAGGCCCUACACAACUAAUGGUGGGGUUGCCCAUCCCAACCGUUUCCUAUGCCGUGGCCUGAGUUUUGGGUUCCAAAGUGAAGAUGAGGCAGCAUACUGGAUGUACCUAGUGGAUCACAUGAAAGUUCAACUAGUGUGGAUCUUGGUUGGCAAAAGUGACCCCUGUGAGGUAUGCUAGUGGAAUUCAUUUUUGAACUGGUCAAUUUAGAGCUUGGACUUUCCUAAAAUGGACUAAACCUAAGAAAUCACUUAAUUACGAAGUGUGGGGAUGUCGGAAGUGUGGAAUUGUCUAUAAUUACCAAGUAUAAUUAAGUAAUUAAUAAAUUAUUAAGGAAAAGUGAGAAUUGAAAAUUUGUAAUUUCUUAAUUAGUUUUUUUUUUUUUUUUUAAUUAUUAA